GCACGCGAUUGUGAUUGGCGCAACAUCCACUCUUUUCUUGCGUUUGGAGCUGUAUCGUUGCUCGCUGAUUGUCUCGGGGAGAAGCUGUUAAUUUAACAAGUGGAACACGAAUUUGACAUGACAUUUUAAAGCGUGGACCAAAAAAAUAUCCCCCCAACACAGGACGCGACUCGACCACCGGACAGUCUGUUCAGACGAGCCAGACAUCAUGUUGUGACCACACGGCAGCUCCUCGGCGGGGCUAAUGCUAAGCAUGUCCGGAUCAGCCGUAAAUGAUUCUGCCCGAAGCUGGAUGAGUGGGCCAAGUUUCACCCCGCCUUCUGAAGUGGCAGAGAUAAACCGCAUCCAUUAUGAGCUGGAGUACACAGAGGGCAUAAGCCAGCGCAUGCGAAUCCCUGACACCCUCAAGGUGGCGCUGGAGAGCGGAUCGGGGGCCGCUCUGCUUCAGCCACCUCUGCCAGUUCACACAACUCUGAUGCAGGUUCCUGAAAGAAUUGUCGUUGCAGGUGAUGAUGAGGAGUCGAGGUUUGUUCAACCAAGAGAUUUAGAUCUAAUUCAGUCGGUUCCAUCGGUGGAUCUCCUGAACAUGAAGGCCCCGCCGCGUGUCCUCACCCUGACAGAACAGCCCCUGGACUCUCUGGAAACUGACCAAGCUGCCAACUCACAGAGUAAUCCCAGCCAAACUACCAGUUAUAACACCCGCUCUCGGAGGGAACGCGGUGCAAGUGAGAACACACCAAGUCGUCAUGGCAGCCGUUGUAACAAAGGGGAUGUAAAGUUCUUCCAACCUUCCCCCUGUGCUAGCGUAAGCCCCUCCCCCUCUGGCCCCACUGUCCGCCUCUGUCCUCCCCUCUGUUCUCCAGAAGACGCAAACAUCAACCUGUUUACAGCUGCUGGGUUUCUGUCUUACGUUCAGUCAACAACACGCCGUGCUUACCAGCAGGUCCUUGAACUCUUGGACAAUAGCCGCCGGAGAACCCACUUGGACUUGGCUUUUGAUAUGAACCCUGACGAAUCUGGCUUAGUUGAUGCUUCAUCGCUGCGGCGUCAGAUUGUGAAGCUCAACAGACGUCUGCAGCUGCUGGAGGAAGAAAACAAAGAACGCUCCAAGAGGGAGGUGGUCCUGUACUCGACCACGUUGACAUUCUGGCUCAUUAACACGUGGAUUUGGUUGCGUCGCUAAACCAGGAUCCAACCCAAAGCUCCAAAAACACUGGAAGCCAAAAUUUCAAGAUUAUCUUUGACUAGGUAACACCUGAACCAAUGAAACCAGAAAGUGCUCAAAAUGUGGAAAAAGUGAAGAGCUGUAGAUGCUUUCUGGAUCUGCUCUGUAUACUCUGUAUAGCACCAUUUCUUGCUAGUUAUUAUCCACAAAAUGAAGGCCAGCCAUCUUGAUUUUUGUGUGUAUGUGUGCUGUUGCCACUGUUGUCAAAUUUAAAACUAGUUGUCUGAGUUAAAAUAUUUUUACUGUGGGUAUUAAUAAAUAAUCCUGACACCAAACACUGAGACAAAGCUCACGACAAGUCAGCUAAAAUGUUCAAAUGUUACAAAAAAGGGUGAAAUUAUAAAAUAAAAAAUAACAAUGGUGUUCAAUUGACAACAACAAUCACUUUGCAGAUAUUUGUAGUACUAAAUAUUCCAUUAUAUAAUCUAAAGGAAGUGUCCAUAAUAUCAAUUCCCAUUGUACACUAAUUAUUUUUAAUCUAUUUGCAUAUUUUGGACAACAGUUUUUACCUUUGUUUGAGCAAAGUGGCCUUUACACAGGUAAGGGAAUUUAAAGGCUUGAACAGAAAAAAGAGACUUGUACUAGUAAGAACCAAACUCAUCUGUUACUGACACACAUAUGUUAAACUGAGCAGCAGUUUGAAAAGACUCACAAGGAUUUCUUCAGUGACAAAAGUUUUAGGUCUCGGACCCAGGCUGAAAUGUAGGUCCCCUGCUGUGGCCAUCACUAACCAUUUGUAAAGUCUCAAAAUAUGAAUAAUUCUGCAGAUGCCAUAGCCACUUUCCUGCAUGUCACAUGUUUAGGAGUUUCUCAUAUGUUUUAUAUAAACUAUCUUUGAUGCGGGGGAGGCUUACUAUGAUCUGUUACAUGAAGAUUUCACAGAGCUGGAGCUGGGUUUUUGGUUUUGUUUUUUUGUUUCUCAGCUUAAAGCCAUUAAUCCCAUUGUUUUGUUCAUCAAAAAUUUUGCUGUAAAUUCAGGAGCCAAUGUGUUCAUGCUCAGGUGUAGAUGAAUACUUGUUUUCGAAUGGCAUAUAUUCAUCCUUCUUAUGUGAACAUUACUUACAUAUGUAUUAUAUAUUUAAAGCGAUAAAACGUUAGGUUAAUAUUUGUUUCUAAUUUAUUCAUUUGUGAAAUGUCUGUAAAUAUUAUUGCUAUAAUAAAUGCUGGAG